GCACUCUACAGGAGUAUAAGUACAUUGACAAACCAUAGCAAAUAAGCUGAUUUAAGGACAUGACACGAGUGACUGUCAGAGACUAUAUAGAUAAGUUGAAGAAAUGGAACCAGAGGAUGAGUCCCUGUAUAAAUACAAAGGAUUCUAUUUCAUAACUGGAAUCUCCUCACCUGAACAUUUAGAUUCACUGGACAGUUUUGAAAUCCGAGAUGAUGAUACAUUCAUAAUCACAUAUCCUAAAUCUGGAACAAUAUGGACUCAGAAUAUUGUCAGCUUGAUUCUUUAUGAAGGACAUCGAAAUGGAACUGAAAAUUUUACCCUCUAUGACCGGGCACCAUGGCUGGAGUAUAAUCUUAUCCAUGUAGAUUUAUCCAAUCGCCCAUCACCUCGUGUCAUUUGUUCCCACCUGCCCUACUAUAUGGUACCCAAAGGAUUACAAAAUAAAAGAGCAAAAAUUAUUUAUGUGCUUAGAAAUCCAAAGGAU